UCCGGAAACCGGCCACAAUUCUUAGUUUGCCCAGAAUCGAUCUAUCCCAAUGCGACUGGCUUUUGAGGCAAUGUCCAUCGGUCCUCUCAACCGAGUGUGACUGAACGAAUGACUCGAGAUAACCAUCAGGCAUCUGAUUGGGAAUUUCCAUGGAACUAUACAACUUUGACGUUCAGCUCAAUGCCAUGAUUUGAAUUUGAUCCUUAGUAAUUGACCUCUGCUCAAACCUAUAAAGGACGCCUGACUUCCUCUACAAUUCCUCCAACAUCAGACAGAAGCUGAACACUAGAAUACAUAGACAUUCUUCUACAAUCCCAGCAACGCUCAUUCUCCUGCAUCUUUGCAAGUCCAUCACCAUCAUCACAAUGCAGUUCACCACCGCUCUCUCCAUCCUGGCCAUCGCCACCACCGCCGUGGCCGUCCCCGCCGCCCAGGACAACACCGCGUCUCUUGAGUCUCAGGUGAAGGAGGUGGCCGCUCAGCGAGGCACCUCUGAUGGCACCAUCAGCACCGUCACAGAGGCGCAGUGCGUUCCUCCCAUUCUGUGCUGUGGCUCCCUGACCACCCCUCUUGACCCUCUUGUCGACCCUAUUCUUCUGGACCUGGGCAUCGAUGCUUCCAACAUUGUUGGCUCCAUCGGUCUUCUUUGCAAGGACUACGACGACAGCUGCACGUCGGAACCUCAGUGCUGCACUGAGAUCAACCUCUUGAACGGUCUUCUGGCUCUCGGAUGCUCUACCCUGGAGCAGUAAGUAGUUGGACCUAUGGAUUCAGGGCUAGUCUGUAUGGAGGGGGCUGUACUAUGAUUUGAUAUUAAUUUUGUC